GCCUCCGCCCACGCAAGCGCGCGCAGACCACUCAACACAGGCAGGCUGAGGCAGACCUUUAAAACGUUCUCCUUCCCUCCAGAGUCGCGACGAGAGUGUGUCAGUCAGUGACAACCUCCCAGCCAUGGCACAGGCGGAGAAGACGAGCAGCUCGGCUUUCCAAGAGAUCGUGGAACUGAACGUUGGCGGCCAGGUGUAUGUCACGCGGCAUGCCACCCUGCUGGCGGUGCCCAACUCGCGCCUCUGGAGCAUGUUCAGUCAGCAGGACCCAGCGGAGCUCGUCAGAGACAGUAAGGGACGCUUCUUCAUAGACCGCGACGGAGUUCUGUUCAGAUACAUUUUGGAUUACCUGAGGAAUUUGACGGUGGUGUUGCCAGAUUAUUUCAGGGAGAGAGCAAGUCUCCAGAAAGAAGCGGAUUUCUUUCAGCUGCACGAGCUGUCCAAGCGUCUCCGGUCCCUGAUGAUAAAAGACAACUCCCUCGCCGAUGAGGGAUGCCGUUAUGAUCCCGAGGACUCUGCGCUCGGAGCUCUGGCAAGCACGAGCAUGACAUUGUCCCCCAGUAGCACAGCGAACCCCGUUUCCCCGACUCUUGACCCCCGAAAGAACGGCUACAUCACCAUUGGAUACCGCGGCUCCUACACCAUCGGCAGAGACAUCCAAACGGAUCACAAGUUCCGACGAGUUGCCAGGAUUACCGUCUGUGGAAAGACAUCCCUUGCCAAAGAAGUUUUUGGAGAGAAUCUCAACGAGAGCAGAGAUCCGGACAGACCCCCUGAGAGAUACACUUCCCGGUACUACCUCAAGUACAACUUCUUGGAGCAAGCCUUCGACCAGCUCUCGGACGCGGGUUUUCAUAUGGUUGCUUGCAGUUCAACAGGGACGUGCGCCUACACAAGUAACGACCCAAACGAAGACAAGGUUUGGAGCAGCUACACCGAAUACGUCUUCAGCAGGAGAAGCUGAACUGUCUUUUAGAUUAAGAAAUACCGGAAGCUCUUACUAGUCAAGAAAGAAAUUAGCCUUUGUAUCAGCCGGACCAAAAGCAUACACCUGUGUCUCUUUCUUUCUCAGUGUAUUUAUCUUAAUGUAGCCUAUCUUUUCUAUCUUUACGUUUAAAAUUAAUGUUAUUUUUUUGACCUGUUUAGGCCUGUAGUUUUUGUUCAGAAACAACUUGCGAUUUCAAAACAAGUCAUGUUAUAUGAAGAAUUUGUAAUAAUUAAAGACAUUCCAUUUUAAAAGGGAUCUUUGGGUAGGCCUACAGUGUUAAAAUCCUAUAAUAAGUUGGUAUGUUUGCUGAGUAGGGAAAUCAGUCUGCAUUCUGCAUUUUAUAUUUUUGUGGGGAAAAGGUUCACCAUGUCAGCAUUUAGGGCAUGGAGGAGGCUGGAAGACAGCUAUUUUUAAACCAAUCCAGCUGCUCCAACUGUCUCAAGGCAUCAUUGGUUAGCUACAGAAUAAGUGCCCUAAAUUAUUUUGUAAAAUGAAGCAUUUAGAACUUUGUAAGUAUACAGGUCGUUUAUCAUAAAUAGCCUACUCAACAUUACACUGGUUGUAUUAUUCAUUUCAGAUGUUAUAAACAAAACAACAUGAAUAUAGCAGCAUAAUUAUCCAACUGAUUAUGUCUCUGUGGAUUUUGUGCCGAGUCACAUUAUUUCCACAUGUGAAUCUUCAGUUUCUCUGUUUUCCACAGACGAAUCGUUGUGGGCGUCUUAAUUGCAUUUGCCUUGUUUUAUGGGUUGCCAGAUUUAAUAUCGGAGUGGAGUUGGUGGGCGACCAUACUGUGGUGUGUCUGUCCCCUUCCAGGGCCUACUCACUGAGAGACACUGAACCGAUUCUGAUGGAAACAUUGUACCAAAAUGCCCUCUCCUAACUACGACACACACACACACACACACACACACACACACACACACACACACACACACACACACACACACACAGAAAACUAGGUCUGAUGGGAGCCGCAAGAUGGAUGGGGAUAAGACAAUGAUUAAUUCGAGCACCACAGUCACCUCCCCAGCCCGAUGUUAUGGUGUGUGUGUGUGUGCGUGUGUGAUGUGAGUGUGAUGUGAGUGUGUGUAUGUGUAUGUGUGUGUGUGUGUGUGUGAUGGCGGGCGGCAGAGCUUCUCCAGCCUCUUGGCUCUGUCUGGCACCACUGUCCACUAGCUGUCAUGCUGUGAUGAGAGGAGGGAGGCAUAGUGUGUGUGUGUGUGUGUGUGUGUGUGUGUGUGUGUGUGUGUGUGUGAGUGUGAGAGGGAGGCAUGGGUGCAUCACUGCCCCAGUGUAUGUGGGUGAGGAGUUGUUGGGGUGCUGUGUGU